GUCAAGAAGACAUCUCGAAGGCGAUCCUUAGAUCGGGGUUGGGGUCGGGUUCGGGGUCGGAGUCAAGUUCCCUGCCUGCGACGUGCGCCGUAAUCGUUGCGCCGUGUAACCUUCUGUCAGCCGUCGUCGGCAGAGAGCGAGUACUCGCUGAUCAGAGGAAAGAUGGCUACGAACUUGGGGGUAGAGUGUCAGUACUUCUUCGAGGAUGUCGUCUACCGUGUGGACAAGAAAGGUAACGUUGUGUUCGGUAUCGUCAUGGAGAACGACGACGAGGAUUUGUCCGAGGAAAGUUCUGACAGCGAAGAAAGCCCGAAAAGAAAAAAGGGCGAGAUUCGCGUGGUCUGGCAUCCCUCCGGUGUCGAGGAGUUGGUCAACGCGAAGAAGGUUCACUUGGCAGACAGAACACUUAUGCCAGGUGAUGUUGUACGUCGAAUGAUUAAGGGAAAGGACACACAAAGAGGAUAUUGCAGAGAUAUCGAAUUAACUGCUUGUGUUCAAGUGAUUGGUACUAAACAGGUCCUUACGAAUAUUAGAAGUGAAGAUUUAGUUCCUUUGGAAGAAUUUGCAACCGAUAUAGCUGUUUGUAUGGAUUCAUGGGUGGGUGGGAUAAAAAUGGCGCACUACAAAUUAUGGCUUGCUACACCUGAUGGAUCACGUUGUGUUAUAAAUAAAAUGGAUUCUUGUGUCCUAGGACAAUUGGAAGAGAAACGAGAUAAUGAUAAUGACUUUCCUCACUCUUCUGAAUUUUAUCCUGGUCAAAGUUUGUGGGGACCAGUUCACUGCCUAGAAGAUGCACAGUGGAUUACUUGUACAAAAGAAAUGAAAACAAAAAGGAAAACCAAACCUCAAAAAAUAACAAAAGUGAUUGUAGAAAAGGUAGAAACGGAUUGGGUAGGAGUGCAUUGGCAGUGCAGGGCUUAUUCGAAGGAUGGUGCAUGGUCGGAUCAAGCUCAACCAAAAUUCGUAGUUGAAGGCGAAAAUUUAAAAAAACUGAAAUUAUUAAAUGUUUUUGAACCUUCUACUGUGCAAGUCGGAGAUCGAAAUUUCUAUAUAAUUAAAGAUAAUGAAAAUGUCAUUACACGAGAACAAUGGAGAAAACAGCAAAGAGACGUUUUUCAAGUUCCUAAACACAGCCCAAAGAAAACACGUCCAAAUAUCAGUGUUACAAAACCACCAGAAGAUAAGAAAAAGGAGGACAAGGAUAAAAUUAAUGAACAACAGGCAUUAGAAGACAAUGCUCAAAAUAAUAUUAACAAUUUACAAAAUGUGACAAGUAAUAAUACUCUAAUGCCUCCAGCACAAAACCAAAAUACUGAAAGCUCAGAUGAUUGGGAUACAGAAGAUACAGGUUCACAAAGUGACAGUGCUUCGGUAUCCAGUGGGUGUUCAAGUAUGUCAUCUAUGGGUAAAAAAAAGAAGGGUCCUGCUUUGAUGACUAAAGUACUGAAGAAAAAAAAACUGUGUAAAGCAAAGAAGAAAGUGCCACCUAUUCCACUUAUUCCAGGAACUAAAAUUGUCGUGGAAACAUUAUCUACAAAUACAAAAGCUAAUGUCGUUUGGCAAGAUGGUUCGGUAGAAUUUGGCAUUCCAUCUACACAGCUUUACCCGAUUCAUCAUUUAGACGACAAAGAAUUCUUUCCAGGUGAUUUUGUAGUAGAUCAAAAAGAAGAAUCUAGGAUGUAUGGUGUGGUUCAAAGUGUCGAUCAUCAAGGUAGAACAGCUAAAAUAAAAUGGUUUAAAACGUAUACUUCUAGUCAGAGUCCACAGCCAACUUUAUUAGAAGAACGUGAAGUCAGCGUAUACGAUCUGAAGGAUCAUCCAGAUUUUCAAUACAGACCAGGUACAUUAGUGAUUCGAAUAGCUAAUUUUGAAGGAGAAGAUGCUGGAUGCACUGCUGGUCAAGUGCUAGAUAAUUAUCCAGAAGGACGCGUUAAAGUGUGGUGGGUUGAUGGACAUGUAAGUAUGUGUUGGCCUCAAGAUUUAUAUAAAGUAGGUGAAUAUGAAAGCGACGAAGGAGAACUGUGGGAUGACGUUUCGUCCGACGCGUCGUGGGAAACAGAAUUAGAAGAUUGUUUUAUCGCCGACACAGACGGAACAGAACAAACGGAGUUGGAAAAUAUAAAGCCAAAAUUAGCUGCUCACAUUGAAAAAGCUCGUAUCGCGAUGUCUAGAUUGGAAGAGAUCUUCACUCAAAAUCCAUCGCUGCAAACAACCGAAGUUAUGAGAAAAUUAUUGGAAGUUUACAAAGAUUGUCGGUAUAUGGACAAACUUAUGAGUACCUCUUUCUUCCACGAGAGUCACUUCCAAGGACUUUUGGAAAGAGUUAGAGAACGUGGUCGAGCAAAUGUAGCGCAACGUAUGGCAGAUCAAGUGACGAGAUUAUUUACUCACAAAUCUGACGGAUUGGAAGAAAAUACAGAAAAGGAUAAUGUAGAAAAUUUCAAUAGUAUACAAUCCGGAAGUAAUCCUUCGGAGAAGAUCAUUGCCGUAACAGAACCAACCGAAGUAAAAAACAACGAGGAUAGCAACAAGCAACAGAAUGUAAGAAGCGAAGAAUCGGUCGAUCGAUUAUUUAUCAAUGUAAAUCCAAAUCCUGAAGAUUCUGGACUAUAUUCUGCAGACAAUUCAAAGAAAGAAUCAGGUUCGAGUGAGUCGAGUGGAGAAUUCCUAUUCAGUGAAGAUGCGAAUAAUGUGCCUGAUCGUUUAGUAGAAAGAGCAGAUACAAAUAAGGCUACCAAGACACAGAUGCACGUAACAAGUUCUAAUGUAGCCGGUUCUCAAGUUUGCGUCAAACUUUGCACAUUAAUAAAGGCCCAGCUUGUAUUAGCCCACGCAGAAGUCUCUAAACGAUUUGGAUUGUCGAAAAUGUCGUUGUCUGAUGCUGAGAAAGGUUCAUCUCCAUUAAGAAAACAGAAAAAAGAGGAGGAGAAGCACGUAGAGUUAUUACAAGAACCAUCGGAAUGCUCGAUAGAAAUUCCACCGCCAGUAUACGAAGAAGGAGAAGGUUUUUCCAUAGAGGAAACGGCACCAGAUAGUCACAAAUUUAAGUUAACAAUGUUCCAGCCUACGGACCCCACAAAUUUUUUCCGAACUGUUUCCAAGGAAUUAAAGCUCUUAAAGAGUUCACUUCCACCCGGUAUAUGGGUAAAAGGAUUUGAAGAUAGGAUAGAUUUAUAUUCCGUAAUGUUUCGUGGACCUGAGAAAACCCCAUAUGAAGACGGUCUCUUUCUUUUCGACUUUCAAUUAUCUGCUGAUUACCCUGUCGCUCCACCACUUUGUCACUACAUUUCUUAUUGUAACGAUAGAUUGAAUCCUAAUCUCUACGAAGAUGGAAAAGUAUGUGUGAGUUUACUUGGAACAUGGUCUGGACGCGGAACGGAAGUUUGGACGAGUUCUUCGACUCUGUUGCAAGUUAUAGUCUCAAUCCAAGGCCUUAUUCUUGUACCCGAACCAUAUUUUAAUGAAGCUGGAUUCGAAAAACAAAAGGGCUCUCAACAAGGAAGAGAAAAUUCAAGAAUGUACAAUGAAAUGGUUGUUCUAAAAUUAGUUCAAGCGCAAACUAAGCUGUUACAACAUCCACCGCCUGUUUUCAAAGAUAUUAUUAUUGGACACUUUAAGAGACACGUGAAGAAAUUGUUACAACGUCUGGACCUAUGGAUGGAAAUUUCUGAACAGCAUAACAAUCAACAUCCAUUGUCUCCAGUGACACCUACUACUUUCAAGCAAAUAGCCGACGUUGAUGAAAAAAUUCUUCCGGAAUUUCCGCUGAUACCAGCAUCUAGGGGUUUCUGUAUAACGCUUCGUAAAACACUAGCCACGUUCAAAGAGGUACUGAUCAGGGAAGGCAUCAUUGGAGACAAUAGAGUACAGGACAGUGAAAACGUCAAAGAACAAACGAAUAGUACUAAUAACGAGUGUCACGAAUCAUGUAAAACCAUUGAUGGUAACGCAAUGAAUCGCGACAGCAAAAGAAAUAACUGUGAAGAAGAUAGCUCUAAAUUAACUCCAAAUGGUAAUCUGUCCAAGGACUGUGUUUCAUCUUCCUCGACGAAUAUUUCCGUCGCACCACUAUGCGAAACGAAGAAAAAGACUUCGGAUCGUACCAUCAGCUAGCCACAAGAAACGCCGCUGUCAUUGCUCCGCAGCUAGAGAUACUUGUUACCGUAGAGUAACCACAUAGUACGAUAAUAAAUGUUAUCAUACAGGCACAUGCGAGAGCGCAUAAGAUCUUGCUCUUGUAUACGAUAUCGUGAACUUCCGGGGCGUAUUACACGAUUAAUUUAUAAUGUUAUAUGGAAUGUAUAGCGAAUGUGUUAUAUAUGAUGUAUAAUAUUAUAUUAUUAAUGGAUGUAGAAUUAAUAUUUGGCCAGGGGAUAAAAAUACAUGGGAUACCACAUGCAUUUAGUUCUAUAAUUCUGCAAUGAGAAUAGAGCGUUCCGCAAAGACGCAAUAACAACUCGACUGACUUACUAAAAAAGAACAAAAAAAAAGUAAUCUCGAAUAUCGGAAUAGACGAAACAACAUCGUUGUUCCGUUAAAAAAAAAAAGUAAUACAAAUUAAGAGAAAGGUAAAGUGACUGGUAGCAAUACGUCGAGUCAACGUGAGAAUACUUCGCAAUAGCGUUAAGAGACACGAUAAUAAUAGUUAUUAAUUCUAAACGCAUUUCAGUGAGUACACUUCGUGUAAUAACACCACCCACAUGAAAACAAAUUCAUUAUCCCUCGAUUACCUUAAAGCCAUUAUGCCAUCCACUAAAUACAGUAUUUCGAGCGAAAUUACAAAGUGACUUUGAUUGCAAAUAGUUUGUAGCUUAGAUACAAAGAUUCGUAUUUAGAUGAAACCCUAUGACAAUUAAGUCCAAUGUUAUAGACACUUCUAACGUAGUUUGUAAAUUCUAGGGAAAUUAUAUUAGAUGCUCUAUUAUCCACACGAAAGUUUUCUUUGUCGAUGGUUUGUUUCGUACAUUUCUAGAAAAUUGUGUGUCUUCGCGGACUCCUAUUUAACUUUUCUUUUGAUAUGUCACAGAUAGUAUGAUAACAAACUGUACUUAGUAUUAUCAUAACAGUUGCGGAGAGCGUUAGUACUUAUUGUACGACAUAAGCGUUUUACGAUAUUAUUUAUUCUUAUUUUUUUUUUAUUUUAUUUCCUUUAGUGUAACUUAGAAUGUAAUUGUUUACAUCCGGGAAAUUCGUGUUUCUGUAAAUUUCGAAUCGUAUGCAUAUAAGUGAAAUGUAGAACACUCGAUACAUGCGAAAUGGAUAUUAUGCAAAAAUAUAUUAUGAGAAGAUAUUGCAUGCAACGAAAUAACGAUGAUUGAUAAACGCGAUAAGAUUAAUGUGCUUUGUUUUUUUUUCUUCUCAUUUUUUAUUUUGUUGUACGAUUAUAUAUUAUUUAUAUUUGAUAGAAUAUACCGUUAGUGUAUUCUAUUUAUUUACCUCCUCGAAACCUAAGAAUGUAUGAUUUAAAAAACCAUUCGAUCACAUUGUCAGAAGAGUGUAAUUUACCAAGAAUUACGUGAAAUUUUUUUUUAAGAACGGUUUGUUUCCAUAUAUUUUUGUAUAUUUCCGAGUAUUAUUUAUAUGAUGCAUUUUAUUUUUUGUUUGUACGGCGAUACUGAUACAUAUUAAUAAAUAAUGUGAAGGUUUUGUUGUCAGACGGUGGUUGAUCGUAAUAAUUUUUAAUAAUGUAAAUCAAAAUUGAACAGUUACAUUUAUUUUCUUAUGAAAUUUGGGCUAACGGAUGUGUACAAUAUGAUUAGCGAUUUGAAACCUUAACACAAAUUUAUGUUGAACAUGCGUGUAAAAGAGUAAAUCUAAAGCUAUAUUAUUUCAAUUGAAUUCAAGGUAUUUAACAAAAAAAUUCUUUUUAAUAAAAUCAAAUAUUUGUUGAUAAGUUCAGAAUUUACGUGUUAAUCGAUACAAUGUAAGUGCAUAAUGUGCAAUAUGUUUGUUUUAAGGGUAUAUGCGUAAACAAUUAUUUUUUAAACUAUUGAAGAUGCAAAGGCAGUUUUUUGUAAAAAUUGAUUGAUUUGAAGGAUGAAAUAUAAUAAUGGCCUCGAAUUUUUUAUGAAAUUAUUGUUUGCGUUGAUAUAUUAUUAAAAAAAGACUUAUUUCUUGGACCUUUCAAAUUAAUUAGGUAGUAAUCAAUUCUCAAGUAAUUAGAGGUUGUUCAAUAAACGAUUAAUUUCGUUCCAUCUAAGGCAGGAUCUGCCUGAUAAGCUUUAUUGCUAUGUUCGAUUAGAAAAUCAUUUAUUAUACAAAAUAUAAUUUUUUUAAUAUAUUGGGGAUUAGACUUAAAUAUUUAUCAUCAGUAUUGUAAAAAUUAAUUGAUAAAAAGUGUAUUCCAUUUACUGUUUUAUGUAAAUGCAUUUUGAAAGAUGCAAUAAGAUGAAUAAUAAGUAUUAGUGUGGUCAAACUAUACAAUUUCGACAGAAAGAAAAAGUAAUAUUGAUAUAGAGAUCUCUGCAAUAAUAUUUCACAAAAUAUUCAGAUGUAACAUUAUAUAUCUCCCAUUAUAUAUCACCCUUCAAAUCAAACAAUUUUUUUAUAUGAUUCAAUAGUUCUUGAAAUAAUUUUGUGUAUUCUUAAAUUGGAAAUAUCGUAUAAACAUUGAAGCAUACUUCUUGCGAUGGAAGCAGACCUGAUAUUCUUUGCCGAUAUUGCAAUGUCGUGAAGGAAUCGCUUUAAGGGGGAAAACACCGCUGUUAGGAUCGAAAAAAUGUUGAUAUUUGUACAUUCUUCCUAACGAAACAGAAUGUCAAAUAUAAAUGUUUCAUAUACGUGGCAGAAGAAUAAACUUUGAACAAUAUUUCUGCCAACUUUCAUUAAAAAAUGUUAAUCCACAUAGAGAAUUUCUCUGAUCUUCUAGUCAGAAUCAAAUGAAAUUAAAAUUUUUAGGAUCUAAACGUAUGUUACCACUGUUGCAUGUUAAGUUUUUUUUUUAAAUACUAUAUUAUUUAAAAAGGGAAAACUUUUUAAUACAAAAAUGAUAAAUUCUGCAAAUUCUUUUUUUGAGAUUUAAAACACACUUCAUAUGACUAAAGAAUUAUAAGAAAAAAAUUAUUGUGAACAUACAGUUUAAACUUGAAGUUACUCGAGUAAAUAGUUUCUCAGAAAAGUUACUCGCCAAUUGAAAAUAUUUCACCUCAGUAUUUGAAAACGGUAUUCUUUAAAUGUUGGAUUUUCAAAAAAUACAUGAACAGUAUCGAUUUUAUGAAACCAUAAAGAUGGCUUUACCCCUUAAAAUGCGAUGGUUUUAGAAACCUUGCGCUGAUUAGGCGCGAUUUUCAUGGGUACAGAGAAAAUAAUUAAAGACCAUGUACUUGUACGAAGCAUUCUUCGAAAUCAUAAUGGUGCUGAAUAAAGAGAAACAAGAUGUGAGAGGAAACACAGAUAAACCAGGGAAACUACAGUUUCUAGGGCAGAAAGAGAGAGAGAGAGAGAGAGAGAGAGAGAGAGAGAGAGAGAGAGAGAGAGAGAGAGAGAGAGAGAGAGAGAGAGAGAGAGAGAGAAUGUAUAAGUAGAGAAAUAGAUUAACUAGAAGCAAAUAACGAGGAGAAAGAGAAAUGUGAAUGCUGCCGUUUCAGGCAGAAGAGAUUGUUAUAUGAAACGUGAUGUUUUAGAAUGCCUUGUAUAUGUGCCAGCUAUUUCUAUUUCUAUUAUUAUGGCAAUUAUAUUUGCAAAUUGCAUAAAGUUUUAUUUUCGCUGUAAUUACUUCAAUGUUAUCCAAAACAGAAGGAUUAUAUUAAUUAUCUAAGUCAACAAACAAAUGUUGAUGCCGACAGUUUUCAAUAUCUGUUCCAACAAUGAAUUUUCUGAGCCCUUUGUUAUAUAGUUUUAAUGUAAGAAGAGCGAAUCAACAUUUUCACUAUUUUCAUUAUACUUUUUUCAUGUAAAUGUCUCAAAGGAUUAAUCAAAAUCUAAACCAGAUAUAUAAUGCACCAUGUUCCUUUGAAUUAUAUUUCAUUUCGUGAUGUAUACUGUGUAUUUAUAUUAUGUGUGUCAGAGUGAAGCAAACUUAUUUGGGUUCACAUUCAUUCAAUGGUCUUUUCAGGUUGGCAUCAAUCAAUAUGAUAUUACAUCAAUCAUGUACUAAGUUAUUAUACUUGUAAUUUGAUUUCUCUGAUUUUUAAUUAAUAAAAAGUCGGUAUGCGAUUAUGAAUAUUAA